GUCUUAUAUAACGAUUAGUAAGAGUGGACGUAAUCAUUGUACAAACAAUUAUACAUCCAUGAAGUUGGUUGCAACUUUGAACUAUGAAGGAACCUAUUUUGAGUAUCAUAUAUCCAUAUUUAGUUAGGCUAUGUGCGGACAGAUUAUUAAUAUCCUUAUAAAACUGAAUUAGUAUUUUUAAAAUUUCUGACUCCACAUAAAAUAUCCGAAAGAAUGUAAUCGAUGGAUGCAUAUUUCCAUCUUCCACAAAUUGAGUCUAUGAGAACUUUGUUUUCACCUUCAAAACUAUACAUAUAUUCCCAUACGCCAUGAAUGUUGCGUUGAAACAAAGAGUGUUUUACUUUCAGCUUCCAGUCUAUACGCUUUGGAGACAUCAGUUUUAGUGGUCACAUAUAGUUUAGAAAUUCUUGUCACAUUAUCAUCAGUGAUUAUUCUACUUAGGAUAUAAGCUGCCUGUGUUUCUGAAAUAGUCUUAUUGGGAAGAGUUUGGAAACAGUUCACUAGAAUUUUUGAUAUAGUUUAUAAAAAACAUUAUAUAAUCCAGUAGGGCGAUAGUCAGAAACAUGUAUUUGGUUUUUCAUUUGGGAUUAUACAAAUGUUUGUAUUAGUGAUUUCAAUAUUCAUCUUAAAAUAAAGAAGAUUUUGUCUUGAUCACAUAUUUUCCAACAAAAAUCCCAACAAAUAUGAUAAACAUUGCAGUUAAAACGUCUGCUCAAAGUGCACAUCAGCUCCAAUACUACAGACUGCUUCUUCAAUCUCACUUUCAUUCACUUCCAUUGUUAGUAAGUCUUUUACAGUAGAAGUUACCGUAGGUGGUCAUCUCCUAAGUUGUCAUUGCUUGUGUGUAUAUAUAUAUAUAUAUAUAUAUUUUUUUUUUAAAUCUUCCAUUCUUCAGCAUUCAGUUCCAAAAUUCAGUUUCUCGAAUAUCUUGCUUUUAUACAUGCUUAGUUGUUAGAAAACAAGUAAAUAAGAAAUUUGGAAAGGAAAAUAAAUAUGCAAACAGCUCUUGUAGCUCAGUUGGUUAGAGCACCCAUCUAGUAAGCGCAAGGUCUCACUUUCAACUUUCAAGAAAAUCAUUAUAACUAACAAAUUUUCUUAGCUAACAUCUCGGUUACAACAGAAUUUUAAAUUUUAAUACUUUGCUGGGCUGUAUAAUUCCCAAACAUAGAAAUAACCAAAACAAAAUCAAAAAAUUUCUUAAAAAUAGAAUCUUAAAAGAUUUGGAGUUCUAGUUCCUAAUCUUAGGAACAGAAACAGAGGUGGGUAUCCAUUGUUUCAAAUAGCUUUCAAUUGACACCACCGGAGAGAGAGACCAUGGCGGAGGGGCAGUCCCCGGAGAACUCACCGCCGGCACCUCCUCCUCCUUCUCCGUCAUCUCCCUCUUCCAACGACCAAACAACAUCUCCUCCUCCUACUUCCGACAGUCAAACAACAUCUUCUCCUCCUCCGUCUCCAACCCUAGCUCCUCCACCAGAACAAUCACCUCCUCCACCGGAAAAUUCCUCCUCACCUCCACCACCACCGUAUGAAUCUUCAACCCCCUCCUCGCAAUCACAAUCUCCACCACUUCCUUCACAAUCCCCACCGCAGCAGAGUGACAACAAAGGAAACAACCAAGGAAAUGAUGGAGGAGGCAAUAACGCUUCUCCUCCACCUCCACCACCGUCUAAGACUUCCGAACAUAGCUCCCAUUCACCACCAAAAUCACUGGCGCCGCCUACAAGCAACGGUGGCUCUAACUCGUCAAGUAACGAUCGUCCGAACAUGGGUGUUGUUAUAGGACUUGUGGCUGCAGCUGGACUUUUGUUCCUUGUCAUGAUAUUGUUAUGCGUCUGUUGCUUGCGGAAGAAGAAGAAGAAAUCAAAGAUUGAACAGAUGCCGUAUUACGGAAGCAAUGCUUUCGCUCCAGGUAAAAAUGGUGGUGAUCAAUACUUCAAUAAUGCCGCUACACAGCAACAACAACAUUACAACCAAAAUGAUAACACUGCCAAUCUUCCUCCACCUCCUGGAACAAUGGGAACAAACUGGGUAAAUUCACCGCCCCCACCACCACCAGGAAACUGGCAGCCAAUGCCUUCACCACCAGCACCAGUUUCAGGAGGUGCAAAUGCAAUCCAUAGCAAUGAGAUGAGCUCAAAUUACUCAUCAGGUCCAUAUGCUCCGUCUCUACCACCACCUCACCCUUCAGUGGCUUUGGGAUUCAACAAAAGCACAUUCACUUAUGAGGAGCUAGCAGCCGCGACUCAAGGUUUCUCCAAAGACCAUCUAUUAGGACAAGGCGGGUUCGGAUAUGUUCACAAAGGAGUCUUGCCUAAUGGUAAAGAGAUCGCGGUGAAGAGCCUUAAAGCGGGAAGCGGACAAGGAGACAGAGAGUUCCAAGCAGAGGUUGACAUCAUCAGCCGUGUCCAUCAUCGACAUCUCGUGUCUCUUGUUGGAUAUUGCAGUAAUUCAGGAGGACAGAGGUUGUUGGUCUAUGAGUUUCUUCCUAAUGACACACUUGAGUUCCACCUUCAUGGGAAAACUGGGACUGUGAUGGAUUGGCCUACUAGACUCAAGAUUGCCUUAGGAUCAGCUAAAGGACUUGCUUAUUUACAUGAAGAUUGUCAUCCUAAAAUCAUCCAUAGAGAUAUAAAAGCUUCAAACAUUCUGCUUGAUCUUAACUUCGAAGCCAAGGUUGCAGAUUUUGGGUUGGCUAAGCUCUCUCAAGACAACAACACACAUGUGUCCACUCGAGUCAUGGGGACUUUCGGAUACUUAGCCCCUGAAUAUGCAGCAAGUGGAAAAUUAACAGAUAAAUCAGAUGUUUUCUCUUUUGGGAUUAUGCUUCUUGAGCUCAUAACCGGACGCAGACCUGUUGAUCUGAGUGGUGAAAUGGAAGACAGUUUGGUCGACUGGGCAAGACCAUUAUGCAUGAAUGCAGCUCAGGACGGAGAAUAUGGAGAAUUGGUUGAUCCAUUUCUUGAGAAUCAAUACGAGCCUUAUGAGAUGGCACGCAUGGUGGCUUGUGCUGCUGCAGCCGUUAGGCAUUCGGGUCGUCGCCGCCCAAAGAUGAGUCAGAUCGUUCGGAUAUUGGAGGGUGAUGCAUCUCUGGAUGACUUAAACGAUGGUGUGAAGCCAGGGCAGGGCUCAUACAUGGGCUCAAGCGGAGGUGAUGGGAGCUCAGACUAUGAGACGGGCACAUAUGGUGCUGAGAUGAAGAAAUUCCGGAAAGUGACACUAGACAGUCGCGAUUACGGGGCAAGUAGCGAGUACGGUGGCACCAGUGAGUACGGGCUUGACCCAUCCUCCUCGAGCAGCGAGGAGAUGAAUAUUGGAGGAGGCUCCAACAAAACUACUACUACUUCUACCCGCAGGGUUUAAACCAUAAACAUCAAAAUCCGUUAAAACAAAUAUCUAUUGUUUUUUGUCGGAAAAUAUGACUGUUGGAUGUGUUUGUUUGUUGAAUGCCAAAAAUAAAAUAAAAGUCAUUAUUUCUUAAUUUAUGUAUCUUGUGCUAAUAUUUUUUAAUAUAAUAAAAGAUUGAAAAUAUUGGUUGUUACAAUAUUUGCCAUGCUUGUUUUUUUGAACAAUAUGUUCAUUCAAAAUUAUCGUUUUAAAACUGUUGCAUGUUGUUUUCGUGGCUCUCUUGACUUUAAAACUGUUGCAUGUUGUUUUAUCUUUGAACUCUUAAGGUCCCCAAAACCUUAUCUCUGUAUCUUUCUAGCAUUUAAAUUGAAAACCUUUUUUCAAAAAAAAAAAAAAAAUUAUCAUUUUACAUGUUAAACCUUGAUUGAUUUAUAGAAGAGAGAACUCCAUUAACCAGUGACAACAAAUGUUGUAACUCGAUCAUGGUAUUUGUUACAAAUAAGUAAAUACACUAAAUUGUCAUUUAAACUUUUUAUUAUUUAUCAUAUAUUGAUGCAACUCGAUCAUGGUAUUUUUACUGCUUUUUCAGUAUCAAAUUAUGUGGUUGAUUGCAGCUCACUAUACUUAAUUUUCGAUGAGUUUGGUUUGGUGAAACUGAUCUUUAUAUUAGAUAGUUGCAUAGAUUGAUAGAUGCUAGGUUGUUGAAUUAGUUAUGGCUACUCACAUCUCCUCCUGUCACUCUCUUCAUGUGAUCUGUAAAACACCGAACCACCCAACCCCCUCUUUUAGUAUGUUUUGAUUUGACCAUGUGAUUGGUUCGUGCUCCGACCCCAUAUCUUGUGACCUCUCUUUUCCUUAACCCACCUCAGUGGAUUCAUUAGUGUAUGUUUCUCUCAUUUGUGGGCCUUUGACAUAUUUUUCUGGGGCUUUGUGUUGUCACAUUCUUAUAUGGCCUGAUGAUCAUUAUCAUCACAGCCUACACAGCUUAAUUUUGUUCAAUAACAAUACAAGAAGAGCUGGUCUUCCACUACUUUUGGAAAGCUAUAUUAUUAUAGUUAUAUGCUUUUACAUAAAAGUGCAUUAACCCAUAUUAUAAUCAGUAAAAAUAAAACUAGCUAGUGGCAGUACCUGACUUUUAAUAACCUUGAAAGUUCUUAAUGCUAACAUUAAGAUAUUGCUCCUUAGUUGACCUAGCGAUUUGGCCACUUCCAAUGAACUAUUGUUUAAUUGGUUUUGCCCUUUCACAAGUCUGCACGUUUGGACUUCUAAUUCUUUAUAUGUUCUUUUUCGAAUGUGAGGUUUUGCAAGUCUAGCAAAGCGGCUGGUUGUUAUGUAAAACUUUUGCCUGUAAUUGUGAAACUAUUAUUUUGAGGAGGUCAUUUUAUACGAAGAAAGUAACAUUUCCCGUAAUUACAAUGGAAAUGCUAAACAUGUUUUCAAGUGUAGGCCGCUUGUGAUCUCGUUUAAUUCUAAACACAAUAUUAGACCGUUUGGAGUGGACUUCUUCUUCAUUUAUAUGUUCUUUUUCGAAGGGGAGGUUUUGCAAGUCUAGUAACAUUUCGAAUUUGGAUGUUAUGCAAAAGUUUUCAUUGCCCUGUAAUUGUGAAAUUUUA